UCUCGCCUUGGUCGCGUCCGAGGAGUCGUCGCGUGAAAAUGCCGGGGAACACCUUGCGGCCGCACGAUCGUCGCGUGUGAUCGUUCCGCGUGUAAACCGUCGCGAGUAUACGAUCAGAGCAGUCCUGCAAUCGGAGCACCUGUGUCGGCGAUUCGGAAGCUCAUUGGGAAAUCGAAGAUUACACUUGACGACGCAAAAUGGAGACGUCACUCGUGAUUCCUGGCGAGAAAGAUCUCUUGAGGUGUCGCGAAGACGUCGAACGCGGCGGCGUCCGGUAUCUCUGAAGGGGAGACGCGCUUUGCGAAGAUGCACGGGUGAUACAGGACAGGCUCCAACAAAAUGUUGAUCAAGGAGUAUCGCAUACCGUUGCCUCUCACGGUAGAGGAGUAUCGAAUCGCUCAGCUGUACAUGAUAGCGAAAAAAUCUCGGGACGAGAGCAAGGGUGCCGGUAGCGGCGUGGAGAUAAUCGAGAACGAGCCGUACAGCAACGGUCCGGGCGGUAACGGGCAGUACACACACAAAAUCUAUCACGUGGGCAGUCACCUGCCGGGCUGGUUCAAGAGCCUCCUGCCCAAAUCGGCGUUGAUCGCCAAGGAGGAAGCAUGGAACGCCUAUCCGUACACCAAGACCCGCUACACGUGUCCGUUCGUGGAGAAGUUCUCCGUCGAGAUCGAAACCUAUUACUUUCCGGACGACGGUCACCAGGAGAACGUCUUCAAUCUCACCGGCAGUGAUUACAGGAACAGGAUCGUGGACCUGAUCGACAUUGUCAAGGAUCAGCCGUACGGGGCGGACUAUGUGAAGGAGGAGGACCCUAAGCUGUACAUGUCGGAGAAGACCGGUAGAGGCCCGCUGGAGGACUCGUGGCUGGAGGAUUAUUGGGCCGAUGUGGAAGGAAAGCAACAGCCAACGCCGUCGGGAAAGUCACUAAUGUGCGCGUACAAGCUAUGCCGAGUAGAGUUCCGUUAUUGGGGCAUGCAAACGAAAUUAGAAAAGUUCAUACACGACGUAGCUCUGCGGAAGACGAUGGUGCGGGCGCACAGGCAGGCCUGGGCCUGGCAGGAUGAGUGGACUGGUCUGACGAUGGAAGACAUCAGGGAGAUUGAGCGGCAGACGCAAUUGGCGCUGCAGCGGAAGAUGGGCCUGGGUGACUCGGAGGACGAGCUCGAGGACGAGAAUCGGAAAGCGGGCGCGACGGGAACGACGACGAUCACGACAACAACAGCGACGUCGGCGAACGCGACGAUGACGUCGGAGGAAUCGGCGGUAGCCAAAACCCUGGCGGCCACCCUGGGCAGCAUCGAGAAGAACGAAGAGGCGCAGAGCCCGCUGUCCAUCAGGAAGCCGUCCGACAUUCCCAUCAUUAACACGGCGGCCAGUUCCGAGGGCGAGAUCAGCCCCGAGGACUCUCCGAUCGACGUGGAUGAAAUCAAAAAUGCGGCCGCCGGUGAAAAGGCCAAGAAGGAGUGGAUGAAGAGCAACGUGCAUUCGCCGAGUUCGAACAAAAGCUUCGACAUCCAGAUCGCGAAUUGGAGGAUGGAGAGCAUCGUCAGGGAGUCCGAAUCCGGCAGCGACGACGAGUUCUUCGAUUGCCAGGCUGGGUUCAUUAUACCUGUUAUACGCAAAGAGGACUUUGAAGAUAGCUCUUCAUUAGCUAAAUGGAGUUCUUUGGAUCUUCUAGCAGAAGGGGAGGACACGACUGUGCGGACACCAUCUGCGGCAAACGAGCAAGAAGAUACAAUAUUUUCGCCUUCGUAUCUGCAACGUAUCACCAGUGAACGAAGCAGCAAGAGAUUGCAGAUCAGCACAUCGGCCAGCAUCGACAUGUCGUGUCCAGCGUCCCCUCAACAUUCUCCCACGCAUCACCCAUGCAAAAUUACUGUUUUAAUUAUUGUGGUGCAUGGUGGUAGUGUUUUAGACGCAAAUGUCGAUUUAACGGCAAAAAAAUCAGACAUUACGACAUUCCGGGGAGCUUUUGAAUCCGUCAUGAGACAGCAUUAUCCUAGCAUGGUCGGUCACGUAUCCGUUAAAUUCGUCGCCUGUCCUUCCAUCUGCACCGAAGCCUUGGGAAUUUUGUCGAGCCUGAGCCCAUACAGCUUCGACAUGUCGCCUUCGUGCAUGGACGCUCCGCAAGUAACGCACGACACUAUCCCGAUCGGCGCGAUUCCACUGCUAGCGAGUUCGAGUUCCGAAUAUCAAGACGCAGUGUCGCGAGUGGUGAUAAGUGCCAACCAAGUGUACCAUGACUUUAUCAAGAGUGAUGAGGGUAAAGGUUUCAGCGGGCAGAUCUGCUUUGUGGGCGACUCGGUGGGGUCGAUCCUGUCCUAUGACGUCCUGUGCAGGGCGACACAGCACUCGAGACACAGUAGCGAGAACAGCAUUCUGGAAGGUAGCGGUCAGCAGGGCAAUGAUAACGGCGAAGACGGCAAGCAUUUGACCGCUCCAUCUCCUAGAAGAAGGUCUUCCGGCACGAGUGACAAGCUGGAUUUUGAAGUGGGUGAUUUUUUUACGUUCGGUAGUCCGCUUGCAUCAGUCCUCGCUUACAGAAAGAUUGCCACGUCUAGCGACAGGAAUAGUUUUAUACCCAAGCCGUUAGUCAAUCAAAUGUACAAUCUGUUUCAUCCUACGGAUCCCAUGGCCGCGAGAUUGGAACCCUUGAUCUCAGCAAGGUUUUCACUGAUCACGCCGGUCAACAUUGCCCGAUAUCAAAAGUAUCCGCUUGGCAAUGGCCAGCCUUAUCACCUGCUGGAGACUAUCCAGACCAAUCCGCAACUGAUUGUUGACGGAUUGAAUGUUCCCAAUCUUCAAAUGUCGCAUUUAAGAAGAUUAUCCGAUAUAUCACUUCAAAGUACAAUGUCAGGCAUUAUCGACAAUGUUCCUUUACAGGCAGUAUCUGUCCUGAUGCAAAGGUGGUGGGGCACCAAAAGACUAGAUUAUGCGCUCUAUUGUCCAGAGGGUCUCGCUAAUUUUCCUACAAACGCCUUGCCGCAUCUCUUCCACGCUAGUUAUUGGGAGUCUUCGGACGUGAUCGCGUUCAUUUUGAGGCAAUUGGGCAGAUUCGAUUUGCCAUUGCUCGGCAACGAGGAAAAAGAUCUCACUUGUUUCCGUCCAGGUCAACCCAGAGAAAAAUGGAAUAAAAAGCGUACCUCCGUUAAACUUAAGAAUGUUGCUGCCAAUCACAGAGCGAAUGAUGUCAUCGUGAGGGAAGGUGCACCACAAGUAUUAGUCGCUAGGUUUAUGUACAGUCCUAUUGAUAUGAUAACUUUAACAGGUGAGAAAGUUGAUAUCCAUAUUAUGAAAAACGCACCGGCAGGCGAGUGGACAUACAUCUCUACUGAGGUAACUGACAAAAAUGGUAGAAUAAUUUACAAAAUACCAGAUGACAAAGCGCUAGGUUACGGACUUUAUCCAGUAAAGAUGGUUGUAAGGGGAGAUCAUACAUCUGUAGAUUUUUUCAUGGCUGUGAUACCGCCGAGAACUGAGUGCGUGGUUUUUAGCAUAGAUGGUUCUUUUGCCGCUAGUAGGUCGGUGAGUGGUAAAGAUCCGAAAGUCUGGGCUGGUGCCGUCGACGUUGUGAGGCAUUGGCAGGAACUGGGUUACCUCAUCAUUUAUAUUACUGCGAGACCCGAUAUGCAACAGCAGACAGUAGUUUCCUGGCUGUCGCAGCAUAAUUUUCCUCACGGUCUUGUCUCAUUUGCCGACGGCCUGUCCAGAGAUCCGCUCGCCCACAAAGCCGCCUACUUGAAUAAGCUUGUGAAGGAGCACGGUAUGAUAAUACAUCAGGCGUACGGCAGCGAGAAAGACAUUAACGUAUAUACGGCGAUAAGCCUGAAACCGAGCCAGAUCUUCAUCAUCGGCAAAGUAUCCAAGAAGCAUCAAGCUAUGGCGACAAUACUGUACGACGGGUAUGCCGCUCAUUUGAGCACGCUGCAAGUGCACGGGGGUUCGCGGCCUGCUCAGGGCAACGCGCGCAUGGUGAUCCCCAGGGGUCAAUUCGGCUUACCAGGACAGAAUAGUUCCCUGCGUCGACGAAGCUCUUUUAGGACGGCGAAGCGUGCGAUCUCGCAGCCACCCUUGGGCAAGACAUCCUUCCCGUUGGAACGAUCAACGAGCGUGGGCCCAUCCGUCACGCCUGCAUCAUCGGCAUCAGCCAGCGUUCAUCAAUCAGCAACAACCGAGAAACUCUGACGAUUUGUACGCUGCCGCUCGUUCUUCGAAUCGCGGCGGUAGCUCGUGAAGGAAGGACACGAUUCUUGGUUCCGUAUCCGGUAGUUCCUUUAUUCCGUAGAUCAUUAUAUUUUGUGAUGAUCUUAUAGAUUUUUACGCCGUGUAUUCAUAAUUCACGCAACAGUCUCGCAGAUAUCUCAUAUUAUAGAUCUUUUACUGUCCUAUAGAUGACGUACAUAAGUGUUGUUGUCUCAUUUCGUUGUACCUCAUAUCGUAAAUCUCCUUGAUCUAUUUUCGCAGAUUUAUAUGUAUUUAUAGAUAGGUAUUAUAUAGGUACUUUAGCCUUCUCGAUCUUGAAUAUUUUUAGUUUUGCACGCGGAGUGCUAGUUCUCAAUGAUCUUUGGAAAUCACCUCGUGUUUAUUCGUUUUACAUUAUACUAUGUAUUUUAGAUCCCAAAAAUUCGAGCCUUAAUUAAAAAAUUUUGAGACUCGGGAAUUGACAAUUAAAUGAAGAAAUUAGCGUGUACGAGUCGUGCGUAGAUGCAAUGAGCAAAGCGUAAAUUAUUUAUCACUCUAAAAAUUUUUCUAAUUUCUGGAGUAUUUCGCGAUGGUUCAUUUAUACAUAUUUAUCAUUUUUAGUCUGUACAUUUUAGUUAAAAUAUACAUUAUAAAUCAAAACAAACAUUAGGUAAAUUUCUAGCAAAAAUAGUGACUAUAAAUAUUAUUUAUAUCCGUGGAUUGAAUAUUUAGUUAAUUACAAGAUAUCCUGCAUAUGGAUGUAACGACAUAUAAUCUCAUUUUUAAAUCGUACUUUAUUGCUGGUAACACAUUUUAUCUUAUAUUAUUAAGUUACCUAAAAGUCAUAGUGCAAACACACGUCGGCUAAAGAUACAAACACCUAUAUAUUUGGUCAUUUUAAUAAUGUCUUGUUUGUCAAAAUAUAAAUAAUAUUAGACGUUCGUUUUUUUUUAUAAUGUACAUCUCAACCAAGACCUAAAGAUGAUCAAAAUAAAUGACAGAAGCGUCUUAGGAAAUCAGACAGAAAAUUUUUAGACUGACAAUUUACGUUCAUUUAUCUGCGUAUGGCUCUAGUAUAUGAUAAUUUAUUUAUUUCUCAAUCUGAUCUUACCGAGCUUUCGUUAUAUGUAUACUAUUGUAUAUAUAUAUAUUAUAUGUAUAUAUACAAAUUUUUAAUUCUACAAUCAUGUAUCUUACAAUUAGUUUGAAUCCUUGUACAGCUCCUACUACACUACUUCUGUUAUACAAACUAGCACGUCUCUCGUAUUAUUCCAAUAAAUAAAAUUUUGCUUAUAUGAAAAAAGAUAUCCAAUAUUUAUCUUUUAUAUACUUUGUGUCAUUUUUAUACUGCAAUUUAUCAGUAAUCUUAUUGUACACUUAUAGAUACUUAUCUAUUCUAAGUACAUUUUUUCUCUUGAUACGCGAAUGAUGAAAAAAAUAUGAUGAAUUAAAAUAUCAAUGGAAUUUUGUUUAACGGAAUAAUACGCCGAGAAUGAGAACUUGUUGAAACUGUUACCUGAGUCUCCCUGUUGUUAUUAAGGAGAAGUAUAACGUAAUGUUAUCUGUGACGCUUAGAGAUAAUUAGCGUAAGAACUGUUAGUACUCUACUCAUUGCCAAAUGUUAAUAUAGAGACGUAAUACGUAAUGCUCUGCAAAGUCCGCGUCAAGUUCUUCCAGGGCUAUUUCUUCGCGUGAGAGACUCAUAUCGCUGGCAAGAAAGACAGUCGUAAAAUGAAGGACAUGCUUAGUAACACUUAUUUAAUUACUAGAAGAAGAUUUUACUUGUCUUACGCGGUUUUAUUCAUUUAACUUUACAGUUUUAUUCAUUCUAAGAAGAUUUAAUAUUCUAUAACGAAUAUCAUUUACCCAUGAACACAAACAUACUGAGAAUAUAUAUAUUUUAUAUAUAUUAUUUAUAUAUAUUUAUUACCAAAUUAGCUGACAGGGCAUAUAUAUAAUCCGUAUAAUUUGUACUUGAAGAAAAUGAUACAAGACAAUAUUAAUGCGGUAAUUUGAAAAAUGACAGUGCAAUUAUUUAGACAAGAACACGAUAAUGAGUGAGGUAAAAAUAAUAAUUUGAGAAAUAAGAAGAAAAUCUUUUUAAAUCUCGUUGUCUCUAAUAGACGACGCUAAUAGACUUGUCCUCUCUAAAUCUUUUUUUACGACACGGUAAUUCAGGAAUAUUCUUGAAAAUAACCGAGAGAACUGUUCGUAUUUACAAUUAGUUGAGAAAGUCGGAAACGUAUCGUAUUUACAUAUAAGACGAAGCAUCGAUGUCUAAAUUAUUAUAGGCGCGCGCGCGCGACACAUACACGAGCGGUACAAAGCUAACUUCUUUCUUAUUACAUAGUCGCGUAAAGCUGUAGCUAGCGAUGUAAAUACGUUAGAGAUGUUGUGUAAAUAAAUUACAUUAUCCGUGGAUAAAUGUUAGCAGAAGAUCGAGAUCAUAUUUACAUGACUGGCUGCUAGAUGCUUCGUCGAUGAUAGGGAAGCGUGCCAAGAGAAGUAUGCGAGUCCGAGCUGAGAUGAAUUGAUGCCGAUUCCCGAUAUGGAAUUCCAUUACCCCGACUCUAUCCGCAGAUCUUUUAUUAUUAGGGAGAAUUUUCGAGUUUCGCGGCGAUCAUUUACACAGAAGGGAAAGGAAAAGAUUCGUCUUAGUUCUGAAUCACACCGAUAUGAAUAGGAGAGACAUAAUCAACGGUGUUUCAUUACGCUUAAGUCUAUCACAAUCAAUGUUAGAAAGUGGUAAAAUCUUUCCUACAUGCGCGAUUCGCUAUACACGGUGUUCCGAGUCUUGUAUCGGAAUACCGAAAGUGUUCUACGCUGUUGAUCACGCUGUGUUUGAUCUUUUUCAUAGCAAAAAUUAACGAUCCUCUAUUUUUUAUAAUCUUUCUAUUUUCAAGAUUACGAAAUAUAUGCAUAUCUUUUAAUCUCGAUCAUUAUAAGUCUUAGAUUAAACUAUCGUUUUAAUUCGUAAUUAAAGAUAUUUAUCAUUCGUAAUUAAAGAUUUUAAAGGUUUUAAAGGUUUUAAAGAUUUUAAAGGUAUUUUUAUACAUUUUAAGUUUAUUAUUCGAGAUUAAUAUCAUAGAGAUUAAUUAUUCAUAGAUAGCAAAAGAGAAAUUCAAGAUUUUCAUUCAAGUUUUAAGUUACGUUACAUAUAAAUGACAGAUUAAAAUUAAAGACACAAGAGAUAAUACCCUGACCUGACCUGACCUUUGUCACUCUCGGGACACCCUGUAGAACGGAAUCAAGCGCGACGAGGGUGACGGAGAUUAAUUUGUUGCCAUCGUAUGUUUCUCGAUGAUCCGUCAUGUUAAUCUCCCGAUCCUGAAACAAGGAAGCAUUACGUAUUGCUCAAACUGCUAUACUAGCUGUGGUGCUUGCAUUACGCAAGUUAACAUUAUCAUUAAUAUUGACUGUUUGUAUUGUUGUAAUAUGGCAUGAGAAUAUAGUUCUAUAUUAUACAGAUGUCUACAUAUAUAUUAUAUAAAUAUUAAAUGAGAAAAAUAUGUAUACAUAUACAAGUUGCAAACUUGGAGAUAUAUACGCGAAUGCAUAUAUACAUUUGUGUGCGUGUGUAUAUACAUAAUAUGUAUAUAUGCAUUCCUGCGAGGUGUCCGCGGAGUCCUAUGUCUCUCGAAUGGGGGAAUUUUCAUUUCGAUUCAGCUGUUGCGCUUUUCGGGAAAUUUUACAUCGUUCGCAGAGAAACUUUCCAAAGUUCUGAUCCAAGAUUACUUGUUAUUGCGAUCGACGACGCGAAACGAAGAGGAGAGACAUCGAAGCGAGAUCAAUUUAAGAUCGUUCGCGUCAACGAUACUAUAAUACGGGCUUUCUUUUCUAAUGUUACAACAAUUGUGACUAAGAUUACUUACUGAUAAUCGAGAUUGGUUAUUUUAUUAACUAGCGCUAAGUGAUUCUAAAUAAUUAGCUUGUAAUCGAGUCAAAUCGCUUAUGGUUAAGGCUACGGAUCGGUUACAGAUAGACGUGCUGUAAAGUUAACGGUAAGGUUUUUUAAUAAUCAUUAAAAUUGGACUGUAGUAAAAACUAGUCAGCCGUGACUAAAGAUGAUCUAGCGCAACGCGUAUAGCUAACUAGGGUUCUUUUAUUAUUAUUGUCAGUCCUGUCGACAAAGCGGACGUUUUUAGAGUUUGGCGAGAAGGAAUUAAAGACAAAGAGGUGGGACUGAAUCGCUUGCGCAAAGUUGAACUCUAAAAGCAGCCCCCCUACCUGAGACUCACGACUCGGCGGACGCUCCGUAGAUACACGUAAGCGACUGCAAGAGAUAUUUUACUUAUACUAUAUACUAUAUUGGAGACGGACGAUCACAUUGUACUGAGCGGUAAUGAGAAUUAUAUUUUUAUUAGUGACGUAACGUAAAAUGACAUAUUGUAAUAAAACUAACCGGAGAAAUCAUUGUUUUGUAUUACGCGCUCUCGCUCUAGUGUGUAACAAUUGUUUUAUAUAUACAUAUAUGUAUAUAAUGUUGACGAUCACAGUUCGGCUCGGCUUCCCUCCCUCCUCCCACCCCCCCUUUCCAACCCCCGAGACCGACCUGCCGCAGCGAGGCACCCCGUUUCUUUUCCUAGUUGAGGGAGAUAAUGGAGAUGAGACGCUUAGCGGACAAAACUGUAUUCCACUUCCUUCAUUGGAUAUUAAUAAAUGAUAAAUCUAUA